UCAUGGCAUAGGCAACAUUACUUAGUACAAUGCCCCGACAGAAAGCACUUCUAUUUUCCACUUGCUUGCUGGCAUUCGUGGCCAGUUUAACUCUGGCACUUCCACCCGCAGCACCAUGGACGAACUUUGUAUCCAAAUCUGUUUAUUCACGAGCUCUCGGACCUCCAGGAGGAAUGGGCACGAUAUCUGUACCCUACAUGCCAAAAUCUCCAUUUAUGCCAAAGUUUGUCGACCCGAAGGCAUUUAUUUCUAAAAAGACAGAUAUGUUGAGUAAUAUGUUUGGCGGUUUAGGACCAGUGUCAUAUAAUGUGGCAGAUACUAAGCCGAUUAUGUCAUAUGGCGCAAGUGAACCAUCUUUAGAUAAUACUGAUAGUGUUAAUGCAUUAUUUAAUAAACGAGACAUGUUACAAGAUGAUAAAGGAAAAAUAGUCGAGAGUAGCAGUAUGCAUAAACGCGGAAUGUUUGGUCCAUUCGCUUCAAAAUUUGGCCCAAUGGGUUCAAUAGGUCCAACUAGUCCAGUGGCUCCAAAAUUCGGACCUAUUUCACCGUUUUCAUCACCGGAAAUAAUGCCCGCUUUCAUGGAUAAUGCAUCUUUUUCCCGUAGAAGAAGAAGUAUAGAAGGAUCUUCUACAGAUGACAUUAGCAUUCCAGGUUCACCUUAUCCAAAAAUAAUAGAAAGUAUGUCAGCAACAAAAUCAGUCGCUGGUGACGUACCAAAAGAAUACUUACCACCGGGAAUGUUCGGACCUUUCGGACCAGGACCUUUCGGACCAGGACCUUUCGGACCAGGAUCUUUCGGACCAGGACCUUUCGGACCAGGACCUUUCGGACCAGGAUCUUUCGGACCAGUAGUGGACCCGAGUGCGAUCAUUUCAAAGAAAUCAGAAUUCCUGGACACUCUUUUUAAAAAUCUUGCCACCAGUACUCCUGCAACAACAACAGAAGUACCUACGGCGAAAAGCACUAUUGUACCACCUAACUUCUGGGUACCAUCCUCUGUAAUUCCUGGACCGACUGAGUAUACCCAAAAGGUGUCGGACUUUCUAGAUAAACUAUUCGAUAGUAUAAAUGCAAACGUAUCAGAAGCAAGCAACGGUUCGGACGUAAAAAGCGAUUUUAUGAGAUCUCUAAAACCCGAUGAUAUUUCACCGGAUAAAAUUGCUAGAUCCUUGGAUGAUGCGCCGUCUAUCGCAGCCGCUAAAGAUGCAAUCGUUGAUACGAUAUUAUCGGAACUUGGCGAUUUAAAAGGUGAUAUGAUGGCGACUUUGAACGAUCUAAUCGCGUAUGAAAAGGCUGUGGCAGCCGCCGCUGCUCCGACAAAGAAGCCUUUCAAGCCUUUCUCUAGUAUAUUUCCUUUUGCAAAACCAACAAUGGAUCCAACGCUUCCGUUUCAGCAGAGAAUGACUGUACUUAGCCAAGUAUUCGAUAUGCUGACGGACCUGCAAAGAAACAUCAGUGUGGUCGCAAAAAACGCGAUGGCAACUAACGCUAGCACUCCGAGUAAUCCAGAAUUGGCGAAAGUUCCAUUAACUAGCAAUGCAUUUAGCGCUUCACCAAUUAAUAACACUCUUUUGGACGCCAUUCUGAAGAAAAUAUCCGCUUUUGAGAAUACAACUCCGGCUUCUUAUUCGGGUUCUUAUCCGGCUUCUUAUCCAGUAAGUCCUGUCAAAGGAAAUACUGUAAUGAGCAGAGCUUUGCCCAAAUCACCAACGUCUUUUUGGGUAUCUUAUCCGGAAAAUUCAGCUGUAAAACGACAAGCCGACGAUGAUUCGCCAUAUUUUGGAUAUGAAAACGAUGAUCGGCAUGAUCAGAGACAAUACAAGAGAGGCGUACAAAUGCAGAUGCAUCAGGGCUACCAGAGUCUACCAGCAGGUUCGGUGGAAUCUGUACAAGCAGGAGGAGGUUCUACACCUGGACAUCAAGGAGGAGGAAUUAAAUUGCUGGAAUCUAACGCUUACGGAAACUCGAACAAAUGGGCUGACUGGAUACAAUAUCACGAGAAGGAAUACCAAGAUCGUAGGCACCAUCAUAACCAUCAUUAGGUCCCAGCAGGAGUAAUUCUUUUACUAUAUAUUUACACGAUUAAGUUUGAAUGAAAAAAUUUUUUUUAAUGUUAUUAUUCAAAACAUGUAAGUAAAUGUGUAUGAUAUUAAUUGAUUAUUUCCAAUAAAAUAUAUUGGCAGAAGAA